UGGAAAGGUAACCUUAAUUUCAGUCAGUUGGCUAUACGACUUUUAUUCGAUAAGUUGCAAGUCAAAAGAAACGGAAAAUUUUACAGAAAUAAUCAAAAUGAAAACGUUUAUCUUUAAGCUGACUUUAGUACUUUAUUCACUAUCAUUCAAUGAGGCUAUAGAUGUUAGAUAUGAUGGUUUUCCAACAGAGAAUCCACAGAAUUGGGGAUAUGUCGACGUUAGAGAAGGAGCUCAUAUGUUUUGGUGGAUGCAUUUUACAAAAGCUAAUGUGAAUAAUUUUACGGAAAGGCCGUUAAUUUUGUGGCUUCAAGGAGGUCCUGGUUCGAGCUCAACAGGAUAUGGAAAUUUUGAAAUACUUGGACCAAUAGAUUUGGCAGAACAAACAAGGAAUUUUACAUGGGUUAAUACUCACAAUGUUUUAUUUGUUGAUAAUCCAGUCGGUACUGGUUUCAGCUAUGUCGAUGAUAUGCGUUAUCUUACGACUGAUAACAAACAAAUUGCAAAAGAUUUAGUUUCACUUCUCAAAGGCGUAUAUAAUGUUUUACCUGAGUUUAAGAAUGUACCGUUGCAUAUUUUUGGAGAAUCAUAUGGUGGAAAAAUGGCAAUCGAAUUUGCAUAUGAACUUAAUUUAGAAAUACAACAAGGUACGAUUGAAUCAAAUCUUGUUGGCGUAUAUUUGGGUGAUGCUUGGACAUCUCCUAUCGAUUAUACUUUAUCAUGGGCACCAUAUCUGUUGAAUUUGGGUUUCAUAGACGUUGAUGGAUUUCAAAAGAUAAACAAUAUGGCACAAAGAACAGAGCGAGUUCUUAAACAGGGACAAUAUACUUUAGCAACAGAUUUGUGGUAUAUGACCGAAGUAAUAUUAGAAGAAGAAGCUAGAGCUAUUGACUUUUAUAAUGUUCAAUAUGAUAUACCUUAUCGAGGUGAAAUAUCAGAAAAAGCAAAAAUUUUAGGAUCAAUUACACCUCGAGAUUCAGCUUAUGAAUUGAUGGUAAACUAUCGUCGAUUAGAAAAUUCUCUCUACGAUUCUCCAGUCCCACUGUCAUUAAAUACAAUGAUGAGAACAAGAGUACACCCUGCACUAAACCUUACGAAUGAGGUUAUUUUCGGUUCACAGCAAGGUGCCGUAUUUGAUACACUAGCAGGUGAUUUUAUGAAACCUGUUGUCAAUGUCGUAGAAAAGGUUUUAAAUGAAACCUCAGUCAAUGUUGUUGUUUAUAAUGGCCAGCUAGAUUUGAUUUGUUCAACUCCUGGGACAGUAGAAUGGAUUAACCGUAUGAACUGGUAUGGAAGAGAAAAUUAUGCAAGUGCUCCACGUACAGGUAUUAGUGUGAAUGAAAAUUUGGAAGGGUAUCUACGAAAGUUUGGCAAAUUCAGCAUGUAUUGGCUUAACCGUGCAGGACAUAUGGCUCCAAGAGAUAAUCCAAGAAUUACAUCUAUAAUGAUGCGAGAAACUACAAAUUUUGCUACAGUAUUCUAAUGACUUAAUACAAAAAAAACUGUUUUUGUUUUAAAAUCAUCAAAAAGUUGAAAAAAAAUUGAGAAAUACGCGCUUUUGCGUGAAAGUUGAAAGUAAUAGUAUUUUUUAACGCGUUUUUAUCAAUAUACAUAGCUCAGAUUUGCUACAUUAGCAUUUUGAGAACAUGAACAAAAAUAAAUUUUUUUCUUUUCUGAUUUACACAAAUAAAAUUUAAAAAUAUAUCACAAAAAUAUUUUUAAAUAUCUUUCU